CAUGAACGCACUCGGAGCUGUGCGCCUGGCCUGCGUCCAGCUUCUGCUUCUUGGAGUAUUUGGGAAGCACGCUAAUCACGGCACGAGGAAUAUGUCAUCCAGAAGCCACCGGCAUCACUUACCCACAUACAUGAUGCAACUCUACCGACACUUCAAGCUCAACCAAACGCGUCCCGUGGAGACUAUAGAGCACGAGCAAGCGGACACCAUCAAGAGCAUCCUCUCCAAGAGUUUGACCAAUCAAGACACACACUACGUCACACACUUCGACCUUUCCUCAGUUCUGUCCGAGCGUCAGAUCCAGGCGGCAGAGCUGAGGAUUCGUAUUCCCAAAGAAACGCAGCAAACGAACAUCACGGUGGAGAUCCGACACCAGCAGGACCAGACCCUGGGUCGACUGUCCGAUUCCUCUCUGAUGAGCGUCUCCCAUCACUGGAGGGUCUACAACGCCACAGACCUGCUCCUAAACUGGAUCGGCCCCAAACUCUCCGAGAGGAGAGCCGCGAGACACGCUCUUCACUCCAGGAGUAAAGCUGCGGACGGGAUCCGUCACAGAGCCAUGCUGCUGGUCUUCUCACACACCGUCUCUGGACAGAGCGAGCAGGACCGAGCCAGUCUCCUGCACACAGCAGAGAAGUCCAAGUUCUUGUUUAACAGCGAAGGAAAGGAGGUGCGGAGAGACAAGCCACACAGGAGCAAGCGGGGCCGCAGGGGUCAGCCGGUGAGGAACCCGGAGCCACUCAGGAGUCCGGCCGAGAAGAGCUCCAAGUGCAGGAGGGUCGACAUGCAUGUGGACUUCAAUCAGAUCGGAUGGGGCUCCUGGAUCGUCUUCCCCAAGAAGUACAACGCGUACCGCUGCGAGGGGAGCUGCCCGAACCCGCUGGGAGACGACCUGCAUCCCACCAACCACGCUUACAUGCAGAGUUUGCUGAAGUACUACCAUCCCAGCAGAGUUCCUGCGGCCUGCUGCGCUCCGACCAAGAUGAGUCCCCUCAGCAUGCUGUACUACGAGAACGGAGAGCUGAUCCUCAGACACCACGAGGACAUGCUGGUGGAGGAGUGCGGCUGCCUGUGACGAGCUUCAUCAGCGCUGCUAACGAACGAUCUCAAUCAGAGCUUCAGACAUUAUCAUCAGCCAGAACAUCU